CCCAUUUAUUCCCUCUCUCCCUUUUUGGAUGUUACUAGUGACUUUUUUAUCUUUACUUUUUGGAUUAUUCUGUUCAACUUUGUUUAACUUUUGGAUAUUUUUAACCCACCUAAAGGUAGGCACAUCAUUACUUACUCUGGAGGUAAACAAUGUCUAAAUGGUUUUGCUAAGUGUGGUUAGCAUUAGCAGAGCUAGCAUCUUUAGUUUGCUGCCAUUUUGCAUGUUAGCUUCCACACUCCUGUGCUCUGGUUAAGAGGUUUCAUGCCACUUUAUCCAGACUCUCUAGACUUUUCUAAAUUUAAUACAGCCUGCACAACAAGAUGCUACCAGUCUUCUGUGUUUGUUUACAUCCAGGAUAGCGGUUAGCUGUGCUGCAGCUUAGACACAACAUAUAACCAGGAUUUCAGGCCUACAGUGACAAAGAUGUUGGUAAGUGCUACUCUAAUCAGCUGUUAGAUAUAAAGUUACUUCAAAUGCAGAAGUGAUAGUCAUUUAGUUGUGUUCAUAGAAGUGAGUCUCGUCUUUUUGGUUUUUUUGUGAAAGGUUGAUGUGUUCGUUCUGUCUGCUUCUUGUGAAUUAGUCUAAAAUUUAGUAUUGACUAAUUUUGGGUGUAUUUAUUGCGACCACCUGCUUUGGAGAUGGUGAAUAUUAAAAAUAAUCAUUUUCUGUAACAUAGGCUAGCUGAGUAAUCUUGAAGCUUCUUGAUAAAAGCCCAAAAGCUGAAACAUGGUUUAAGUAAUAAAAACACAAGUUGGCUGCAUUUGUUGGUUUGUGAUAUAGAAUCAGCACCUCCUACAUAUGAAACAAACAUCGGUUUUCGCAUCACAUAUUAGUCAUAUGGUCCUUUUGUCAUUUCGCUGCCACUCUUUGGAUUCACACUGUUUGAACAUUCAAAAGUUUGCUCCAGUUUCAAGCCUAACCUCUCAUAGUUGUAAGAUAAACCGAGGGCGUCACACUUAAUUUCCUCUUCUUGUGACUUUGACAGGUGGUGGUUGCAAAGAAAAUAUUUUAUCUCUUAGAUUGUUGCUUUUUAAAGUGAUUUAAAAUCACUUUAUGGAUACAACACUCAGUGUACGGCUGCAAAAUUUCCUGCCAGCGAGGAAAAAUGUGAUUGCUUGAUUAACAAAACUUUGUGUCUAAACUGAUGAGAUAGGGAGUCCUUUAACAUUAAAAUAUCAUGACCCCAACAGUGGAGAAUAACAGAUCAAGUCGUACAUAAUCUUUAUGAUGAAGAUGUCUGAAUUUUUAUCAGAACAGGUCUCCAAUUAUGACCUCUAAAACCUUUUAUUUAAUGAGAUGUAAUAUUAUUUUGCUAUGACAGCCUAAUUUCUAUGAUAGCUCUGCUGCACGCCUUUCAAAAUAUAAAUGAACAGAGCAAAGGUCCAUGAUGUCCAAAUAUAUUCGUAGCACUCCCCCACAGGCUGGUCGUCAGCGCUGAUUAAAACUCUUAAACAGCUGUCCGCUCUCAGCACACUCCGCAGACACAAUUAAAACGACAGAAACUCUGCUGUGGAAAAACUCAGCCGUCUGUCCUCACUUCUCUUUUUCUCACCACGUUCCAGCUCACAUCACUUUCUUUCUCAGACACACAGACAUAAACAGAAGAGACAGGCGUUUUAUUUUAACAUAUUAUUUACUUUUCUCACUGCAGCUGCUGCUUCAAGUGCACAGAGUUCGACGAUGGUAUUUAAAGGGCUUCAGAGGGACAUGGAGAUCAUACCGGUUAUGGAACACAUAUCUUUGAAAUUAACUUGUAACACGUUUCUCCUGCCUCUAGCAUUAACCUCUGCAGAGAGACUCUAGGAAUGUUGCUAUGUCAGCACUUUAGCCAUAGUGAAGACCACUGAUUGUGAAUAAAGACGGCUAACACAUCUCUAUUAAAUGAAAACAAAGUACUGCAUCUCCUUUAGGGUGGUACAAUCGAUAAACAAACUCACCUGUCUAUUUGAAGCAGAGACUCAUGGUUACAUAAAGAUCUCUUGGAUUGGUGUUUGCCUUCUCUCACCUUCUUCCUCUACUUUUCUAAUCUGGUUAAGAAAACUGCAGUAGAGAAACAGUCAGCAGGGCGAGCUUUCAAGCCGGGUUUCUGGUGUCAUCGUGGUUUUCACUAUUCGGUUCCUCAGUUUGGUUUUCAGUGUGUCCAGUUUUAUUCUGUCAUUUUGUUGUAGUUAAUCCUUGUGCGCCAGGUUGAGAUUUACUCCCUUGGUUUUUCCUCCUUUUUGGAUUACUCACCUGUCUCACCUGUUGCCGGUUUCCCUGUUUAUAUGUAGUCCCUGUUUUACCCUUUUACCCGUCCUUCUUAGUUGGUUCAUCGUCUAUGUCUGACUUCUCCGUGGACCCACGUUUUGUUUGUUUGCUUUAAAAAAUUUUUUUUUUACUGUUUUGGAGUUUUAAAGGUGUGGUUUUUUUUUUGGUCGUUUACCGUUUUGUUUAUUAAAUUACUUUUAUUUUUCUGCCUUCGGGAAGAGCUGUGCAAACUACUUUUUAUCAACUAACUUUCCUGAAACAACUUCAAAAUAAAAGCACGAGUUGAAAACACAGGUAAUCCCUGUUUCGUGUUGUACAUUUAGUGUUGAGACAUGAAUAUAGCUGAUACAAUUGCGAGGCAGCUCUUAUCACACAUUUUUUCUUUAUAUUUCAUGCCGAACUUUACCAGACUAGACUGCUUGGUGGAAACACACUAUAUUUGUUUUGGCUUCACUUUUGGUAGUGGUCGUAUGGUCCAUCCUCUUAGUCCAUUGUAUCAACACCCAAAACACACAUUCAAACAACUCCUAAAUCACCGUUAGCUGACUAAUAUUGAAAACUAUGUAAGAGUUAAGCCUUGCCUUUAAUAUCAUGGCUGCUAACAUCAGCUGCGGCUCAUUGUCGGUUACUAAUAAUCAUCAAACUUGAUUCACUUCUGUGGCCUAUCAAUCAGGAAAGAUUGAAAGAGUCACGAUCUGUCAACUUCAAAUGGAUAACAGGGCUGGAGCGAAGCAGAUCAACAUGUUUGGUGCACAUAUUUGUCAGACUUACGGGAUUAAUCAAAGUUGAGCAACUAUGUGCCUGCAUCAGUCACAUUAAUAAGCUGUAAUAAAUCUAGUUAUUUUUGAUCAAAAAGGCAUGCCUAAAAACUAUAACACAUUCACUCAGCUUUGAUUUUCAAACUUCCACUGAACCCAGUUAAGUAACAUUUGCUAAAACAAGCUGUUUUACGGUAUAUCAGGACAUUGCUGUCACCAGUGAUCUUACAGCACAUCCAGACAGCUGCCAGCUCUCGGUAAAUGUACCAUCACACACAAAGUUUGUUGUUCCAAUCUGUGAUUUUUGACGCACUUCACCUUAUGUUUUUGUUCACUCACCAUCUGCACGACAGGAAAAGUUUUAAAUGGAAUUAGACACAAGUUUUUUCAAAGAGGCUUGACAGGAGGCCUUUUCUGCUAACAAUCAAGGUUAUCCCAGAACAGCUGACUGCCUUUGUGCCGUACAAAGACGUAAGCAGCUGUAGACCAGAACACAGCACAGCUUUCAAUAAACAAAUAAAAAUAAUAAAAGUCAGUUUUUGCCUCUGGGAUUUAUAAUUUGACUUUGAUCCUUUCUCUUCCAGCACUCUUUCAAAAAAGCAUUUUUUUAAUCCAAACAUCACAAGAUAAAAGUCAGCUGAAAGUUUUCAUGGGGCACAGAGUUUUUUGCAGCGUUUUUUUGUGGGUGUUCAACAACUGAAUUAUUCACAGGAAUCAAGUGAUUUUACGUAACAUGGGAACGUGGAGGGAAACAAAGUCCACCAGCAUUGUGCGGCUGAGAAACCACAAGGCUUUGUGCUCAUCACUGUGCCAGUAAAGAUAGCAGAUUUACCAAAAACGAUAAAUAAAAUCUGACUCUCACAUCCUCCUCCACUCCUUCAUCCUGUAUCUGUUUGUGGCAGACAGCCCACGGAUUUCCUCUCGCUGCCCCUUCAAACAGGAGCGCUGCUGUGGGCGGUUGAGACAUGUCUCUCUUUGUGCGAGCUGUAAAUAAUUUCUUCAAUCAAACAGUCUUACUGCAGAGCCCGGUUUAAUCUGGAAGACAUAGAUCAAAGUGCAGGAUGGAGUAGAUGGGAUGAGAGAGCGAGAGAGUAAGUGCACGUCUGGAUGACUUAGGGUAGUUGUGGUUACGAAGCUUCAAAUGUUAAUAUUAUUAAAAUUUAGAAAAGAAAACCAUGUCACCAAAAAUUCUCCAAGGCCUAAAGCUGAGUUGUUGUCUUUUGUUUUAAAGCAUGAAGCAAUAACAAUUAAUAAGCAAUAAAACCCACUUUUUCUCCAUGAAGUGCCGAAGUUGUUCAAGUUUGAGGCAACCAAGAAAUCCCCAGUAUGUCCCAUGUUAAAGGCACAAAUGAGUCAUUUCUAACUGUUUGAGAAACAGGUUGAAACUGAUACUGGUGUCGUAAUAUAUCCAUAAAAAAACAAGUACAACCAUUCGCUACAUCCCCUCAUGGCAAUUACUCACUGUGGGUGAAAUACUUCACAGUUUAAAGACAACAGGAUCAGUUUUAGUCUGAAAACUUGACUCUUACACUUGAAGUCAGUGGUUCUCAAGUCCAGUCCUCGAGGCCCACUGUCCUGCAUGUUUUGGAUGUUUCCCUGCUCCAACACACCUGAUUCAAACGAUCAGCUCGUUAUCAAGCCACUACAGAGCUUGAUAACGAGCUGAUCAUUUGAAUCAGGUGUGUUGGAGCAGGGCUUCAAAAUGUCUCACCAAAGACUAAUGAAUGACCAUGAAUGUUCCUAUUUAUGUAGCUUAACUAAUUUUGCUGCGUUGCUAUAGCCUAGCUUGUAAUUCUCUGGGGGUCACCUUUGGUUUAGUGAGGUUUAACUUAAUUGGGAGCAAUAAGUAGCUUAGCUCAUUACAUUUUACAAGUAGCUCACUCAUCAGUGAUGAAACAUUAUUUUGGCAGGUGAUCAGGCCACAUAGUUUGUCCACAUAUCUGGCAGAUGUUAGAGAUUCAGCGCCGACUGUUUUCUUCCAGGUUUUGAUAAAACGGCACACAGUCUUAGACCUCCAUUCUUGUACCAAAGUAAAGUAAGCUCCAUCCUUGCAUUCCUUCAUUCUGAUGUCUGUACAUGCUGAAGUUUACUUUGAGUCAAGCUGACAUCUGCUGCAAACAUUAGCUGUUACAGAGACUGUUUUAUUUCAUACCAGAAAGUCUUAACAAAUACUUUAUUCAGUCAUGUUUUGUCUUAAACUUCCACAGCACCCUCAUGAAUUAAAUAUUCUCAUAUUCAGCUGCAAUUAAUGGACUUAAGGCUGAAUGCCGCACACAUUGUGUCUGUUAUAAAUCAAAUGAGCACAGAACAACAUGUUGCUGUUGUCAUGUUUAUUCCUAGCAAGAAAAAAAGUCACAAUCCCAGAUUUACUUUUCAAGGCUCAACACAGAACAACAACGACACAAAAAGCAGAGUAGAAAAAUCAAGUGCAUUGAGUAUGCUUGAAAACACAGCCAUAGAUUUAUAUUACGAAAUAUCCAGUGUGUACUUUGAGUUAAAAAAUGUGAGAAUCGGCCUGUUGGUUAUCAUUCAAAAUAAGAGGGCAAAAAAAGAAACCGAUAAAAAGUGUCGAAAAACAGACGAAAGUUGUUGAGCAAGAAGAGUUUGGAAGAAGAUCAAUCUUUGUCGUCCUUUAAUUCACCGUGUCAGUCACUGAUUUAUAUCCACAUAGGGGCUAUUUUUAUUUCCAGCCUUUAGAUCAUAAACUUAAAUGUGUUUAGAUACGACUUAAAACUGUGAUGCACAUUCUUGGAUUCUGGAGGUGUGAGAAAGAAAAGAAGUGAAAUUCAAGCUCAGUAAAACUGAAAAAAACAAUAACACCUACAACAGUCCCAGCCGUUUCUGUUUCUGUCUGAGCCAUCACUCUUCCCACCAUAAGCCAAAUAGAGCUGGAGGUUAUCAUUAUGGGCUCCCUGGGUAAUGCUUGACUGACGGCUCAGGUCUAUUCUCGCUCAGUCAGUGCAGCGGGUGCAUGCUGGUGCUUAUAGUACACACUGGGUGACAAACAUUCACAUAGGGUGUAAUUCUUGUGGCAGUGUCCCCGGCCUCAAUGAGGCUUGGGUGGAGUGCCACUCACUUAAAAAAAACCAGGGUUUCCCAAGCGGUGCCAUGCACCCAUGGAGAAGAAACGAGUCUGGACCAGACUCUGGUUUCAUGCUAGCCUGGAUGUAAAUUCCUCUGAGGUUUGGUUUGGGAUCGGUCCCAUCCUGGCUGCUGGUGGUAGAGUGGUAGGAAGUAGGAGUCCGGGCUGAAGUCUCCAGAGGUCUGCUGGCUGCACUGAUUAUGUUCAUGUUUCAGGUGUGCUGUGUCUGCUUCCUCACUCAGCAGACUGUUUGGGGUUUUGGUCGUGUGGUUGCUGUCCAUCAUUUUAGAGGUUUGUUUUGUUGAAGUCUGGGCUCUACUUUGGUCGGUCAUUGGUAAUCCAAGCAGCACAGAGCUGGUGAUAAGUAAAAGGUUUGUAGAAGCCCUAUAUAUAAACUUGUAUAAGUGCAUACCUGCAGAAAAAUAGCCUUACAACACAUCGUCCUGGUUUAAUAUUAUUUCUACUUGAUUGCAUGCUUGUAUUGUGGAAGCUUGAAUGUCAUAUUUCUAUAGUAAAGAAGCUUAAACCUUGACACUCACUGUACAAUGACGUUAAAGGCUUUCUAUUUAAUAGCAUAGCAUUUACCAUACAAGGGCUGUUAUUGUAUGGUUGUAACAGUUCUUGAAAUCUCUGCAUUUCACAAAUUUAUAAGUUGAGAUGCAAGUUUAAAAACUUUUCUUUGUCAUGGUGUAUUUCCAAUGACCUCCUUAUAUCAGGGCAAGCCAAGAGGGCUGUCUUCGGGCACGCUCACUAGAGUAAAGGAUCAGGUGAACAACCUUCAUUCGCUCACAUAUCUCAAUCAGGAGACGGCAAUCAGCGAGAGCUAUGUCUGGUUUUGACCCUUCGAUCCUUUUAGGGACGGCUGUGGCUCAGCGGUAGUGUCGACUGUCUCUCAAUCAGAAGGUCAAGAGUUCGAUCAGUGGUCCUGCUCUCCUCAUGUUAUUGGGCAAGACCCCAGACUGCCCCUGCUGGCUGCAUCAAGUGGCAUGUUGAUGGGGAUUAUUUAAUACUCAGUAUGUUUUAUGUUUUUUUGUCAAUGUUGUUAUGUAAAAUCGACACUGGGCUUUUAAAAUAAGUCAGACUGAAAUUGUACAAUACCAAACUCCUCGUAGAUGGACUAACAUACCUAGAUAAUGUGGUUGAGAAUUGAUUUUAUCUUCCAUGAAUACGGCCUAAGCAUGCUGGAGAAGUUUGCAUGCCAAGCUUUGAGUAGCAUUAAUGUGUUGCUAGGAAACAGGGUGGUAAACAAAACAUCAACAGAAGGAGAGAGAUGUAAAAAAAAACAAAGAAAAACAACAAAAAAGACAGAGCUGUUAAAGUGACGGCACUUUCAUUGUUUGACUUACCUCCCAUUAGCUACUUGCUAAGCCACAGUCGCGCAGUCUUGUCGGUUGUUUUGGUAUGUGAUGUCAUAGGUCAACCAGGAAGUGACCCAGUAAUAUUAAACUUAAAAGGGAACAUGUUGUGUUUGAUAAUAAAUCAAUUCUGCAUGGUGCUUGUAAAGUGGGACAAGGACAGUAGGGCAGUUAGAUCACUGAACUGAGCUGUAACCACAGUACUAUCGUUCUGAUUAAUGGGGGAUUUACACAGAAGCUUUUGCUAUCGCUGUAUUAAUGUGAUUUAAAAGUACUUUGCUUGGUCUGCAGACUAGAUUAAGUGCAGUAUAAAAAAAAACAGAAAUAGACGACACAUGGCCAGUCGUCUAAAACUACACAUGAAUAUUAAAAAAGGAGAAAAAUGGAAAUAGACUGCACUCAAAACAUGAAGAUAUGUUACAGAUCUUAUUGAGGUGAAGUGCACACACUUGUGCUGAUGUUUGAAAAGGGUUUUGUCAGAAGUAGAUAACAGCGUGAAUAGAGCUCUCACAGGGUGUGUACUUAGGCUCUGUUUGGGUUUCGAUAAUGAAGACCUGCUCUCUUCAUGUCUUUUUAAAAAGUGGGCUCUGCCUUUUGUACACGCUCUUUAAAUGCAGCGGUGGCUGAAAGUCCUGACAGGCUAUCAUUUCCUCUGAGAAAAUGAAUGUAUUUGAAAAAUGUGGCUGCGAUGCCGUAUCAUUUUAUUUUUUUCUCUGGAAGUGACGCACAGGCUUUUUGUGUGAAGUGCGCUGAAAUAACAAGGAUAAAGGAGCCGUUUCAGAAGCCUGAAUAUUACACAGAUAAAAUCUCUUCCUGCGUUAAUUACAUUCAGGUCCUCACCAAGUCUUUGUAACUCAGGAACACUUGAGCCUCUGCAGAACUUUUUAGUGUUUUGUUUGGACUUGAACAUUUUAGGGGCCUUGAUUUUUCAUAUAAUAGCUUCAAUUUAAUACAGCCUUUUAUGAUUACUGAAUACAUGCACUCAACGAAUCAAAGGGCUGAACUUUACUCUGGUAGGACGAACCAGAAAUGAUGGUUCACAGAACAGAGUCAGACCUACACCUCUCUUUGCUUUCAAGUUAAUAAUCUGGGUGUAGUCCUGGAGUCGGAUCUGAACAUCUGCAUAAGGAAAAUGACUAAAUUGGCCAACAAUCAUCUUAAAUACAUGAAGAAUCAACAGACUUCAGACAGAACAGCAGCUUUCAAAGAAUCAUUACUAGGAGUACAAAGGUGGAUCACAUCAGACUUCUAACAUUGACUAUUUUGUCCUCUUUGGCACAGCACGGUUUAGCCACCGUAAUGGAAAAUAGAGACACUGCUGCGCUUCUAAAUGGCACAUUUCACUUUUAAAACUGCUAGAAAGCUCAGCUGGAUAGUCAAAGGUAAUACACACUCAAGAGAGCCACCAUCCAUGAGCUAAACACAGGAACAGCUAGUCAGACUGAUAUCAGCGGGCAACCACAUCUGAAAAGGAAGCAAAGUGCAAUUUUUGAGUGUGAGUCACAUCACAAAUUGACUUCUUAAAGUCCCACUCUGAUCGUAUUUUUUUUAAUUAAAGUGUUCUCAGUGGUCUUUAAAUUGUGAUUAUGUUUUUAGCCAUAAUUGCGUUACCUGUGUCAUUUUCAAGUGCUUUUCUUUUGCAGAGCUCGAGCAGCUCAUUAGCAAUUCGCCUCUGAGUCGUGGGCGGAGACAGCGCUACCCUGCACGUUCCUCUUCAUGCUAGCUUGUAGCCUAACAUUGCCGGUACAGCAGAAGUGGCAGGGGCUAAUAUAGGGGCUAUUCAGCUCUUUAGGGGCAUGGUGAAAGGUAAUUUUAUAAUUAGCUCUUUUUCUUCUGUUCCGCGAUUGUCCUCUCUACCUCUCAGAGUCUGGCCUGCAUAGCAGGGAUCUGGGGGUGGAGCUUGAACUUGUGACAUAGAAAAAUCUGAAUGCAGAAAUACUCAGAGAUGCAAUUUUACACUUAGUUUUCCCAUGAUAUGUCCUCUAGCAUCAGAAAAAUGACAUAUAAACAUGUAGACAACAAGAAAAACACGAUUUUCGAUUUUAACUUCUCAACAUGGUGGACUCGAAUCAAAUGGAGACUGGGCUGGCAUAUACAGGACCUUCGAAUAAAACUGGAACUGUGAUGAGACAGAAAAAUAAUAGAAUGAUAUGUAGGUAAAAGUAGUCUAGAAAUUCAGUGAUUUACAAUUAAGAAUUUUAAUUGCUUGACAGUCCUGGUGGAAGAUGAACUGCUUCACUUCAUUUUCCUGAAAAAAAAAAAACCUGGAAAGUAAAGAGAAACUUGGACCUGCUCUCCAAUUAUGAUCUAUUUAUAUAACUGUGACUAUAAUAGGCUCCUUCAAGAGUCAAAAGUAAUGCAUUAAAUGUUCUAUGCAUCUCACACCUGGUAUCAAUCACUCCACACUGUAGCUGCGCUCCAACUCUCAGCUCCUAUAAAUCAGCUUUUUAGUGUUUAUUUUUGCAUCGAAAUGAAACCCGUUUCAUUAAAUUCUCCCUAACUUCCAGCACUUCACUCUUUUAUAAUCCUUCAAACUUCACUGACGGUUAUUUGAAUUCUUGCUUUAAUCCUUUUUUUAGGUCUUACCUAAUGUAUUUUAAAUGCUUUGUAAGAAAAUACCACACAAAUACAAACAUGCCUUUCUUGGUCUUGAUCGGUAAAAACUUACCUGAUACGUCUGAACUCCCUGGCCUCACAUUUAACCACAACAUCAGCUCCACCAUCUGUAAAAAUACUUUACACCAAAGCCAAUAUUAUACAUUUGCAGCAGGUAUCUUGUUGUAAAUGAUCCCCUCAAAAGGACUUGACUGUUAUUUAUCGGGCUUUUUGUGAUCCUCUUUCUUCACACUCCUCCACACAACGUCAGUAACAGGUUCAGAGCAUUAUAUCCCAAACACCUGGAUCUUCAAGAGAAGCAGCAGCAGGGCCUCAGACAGCAGGAGAGAUUAAUGUCCAGGCCGAGAGGCGCUGGAGAAAAUACUCAAACUUGUUUCGUAAAGGCCGGUGAUUAAUUUCUGUGUUCGUUUAGGUUUAAAUAUUUACACGAUAAGACGGCAUUUUACCCUCUUAACUAGGACCUCGCUCAAUCAACAUGUUCUAUCACAAACCAAAUGGCAUCCUGGCAAAAACAUCUAAUUUUUCCUUUCAUCCCUCGGAGGUGUCAGCUGUGUUUAUGCUCCAGUAUGUGUUAAAACUGGAAUAACAGCCUGUUGUUCCGAGUUCACGACUUCAAGCUGUGUUUAUUGUUCCUGCUGCGCUCUUGCAUGCAUCAUCUCUCUCUCUGUCACACAUGCUGCCCAAAUUUGGAUGAGCGCUUUAUAAGUAUGUCGUUUAUUUUCUUCUGCUCGUAUGUAUUUAACAGUCAAACUUGGCAGAUCUGGCCUCGCUGAUCCUCCAGGCUAAACCUUUUAUACUGUAAUGGCCAUCCAAACAUAGUGUACGCUCUAUUUCUGGACGCUGAAAUGACACAGCUGUGAGUCAGCAAGAGCUAAAGGAGACGAAAAUGGACAUAGGUGUUGACUGAGAAGCUGACUCAUACAACUUGGAAGGAAUCUUCUUGGUCUAAAGACGGACACUUGAAGCUGAAAUUGACCGUGUUUGUGUGGUGACCCAUUUCAGUGAUGAAAUGCUCCGGGGGGUUAGAUUAAAAAUUGAAUAUCAUAUUGCUCUAUUAUUGAGAUUAUCUGACUAAAUGCAUCCAUUUAACUGCUUUCUGAUUGAGCCAAAACUCAAAGUGCAAAUGCUAGCUUUUUGUGAACUUGGUAGUUGUUGGUAUUCUUAAUUAGGGUGACCAUACGUCCUCUUUCACCGGGACAUGUCCUCUUUUGGGGGGCUGUCUGGCCUGUCCAGGGGAAGUUUACAAACUCCUUCAAAUGUCCUGGGUUUUGUGUGAAAGUUUUGAGUUUGUGUAGCGUGGACUAACUGAGUUAGAAGAGCAUAAGUUAAACUCAAAAAUCCCUCAAAAUUUUGCGCACGACUCCGCCCCGCUUAGCAGUGUCCUCGUUUUUGGGGGAUUCAGAAUAUGGUCACCUAUCUUAAUUAUAAGAUGAUGAAUCAAAACCGUUUGGAAAGCAACCAUGUCAUCAAGCCCAUUAAAUAUCAUGUUGCAUCACAUGGUAAUCAGCAUUUGCUGUCUACUCUGCAUCCAACAGAUAUACACCUUUGAUAGGAUGUUGCCAUCAGCUGCACACUUUGGAAUAUCUAUUUCUCCAUAUCAGUCAAUCAAUCUGCAGGUCUAGAGCUCCAUGCCAAAGUACUUUAAAACAGUCCAGCUAAAUGUAUUUGCUACUCUCUCCGGUCAUAUUUCAGAGUGUUUACAGACUAAAAAGCUGUAGUCCAGCUGAAAUUGCACUACAUCAAGCUUUUCAUAGUUGCGCCAACAGACCUGGAUAAUGCAGUCAGGGAUAGAUUCUCUCCCAUGUAUGCAGCUCAGUUGAACUAAAGCUGGCCUAAGCGUCUUGUGCAUGAUUGAGUGUUUGCAUGCUGGGCUUUGAGCCUUGCGGAAGUUGGACGAAUGGAUGCAUCUCUAGGAAGCGGGAUCGUAAAGAAAACCUUGACAGAUAAUGAACGGACAUAAAAACACUAGCUCACAUUAGCUCUUAUCUUACAGUCCCUAACUGAAAAUCAAAUAUGACAUAUCACUCCAGAGUUUAUAUAUCUUUAACUGAGUAGUUCAUGAACAGUCUUCAGGCGGUAAACAGAAAGUGUCUAACAAUGCUAAAGCCAGAGGAAUCAGCCCCUUGAAGACGUGUGAUGAUGGUGACUAAACUUUUGGACUUUUUAUCUAACAGGUCUGUUCUAAAAACAACCAGAAACCUGAUCAGAAACCGUUAAAGCAGUUUACGUCCAUAUAGAGGAAUUUUUAACGGGUCGUCAUUUUUCUUGGACGUCGAAAACAUUCUUCAUUUCAACCAUUUAAUUUCCCGUUAAUACACCCUCCUCAUCCUCAUGUUACACUUAAUGCUCCAGCUCCCCUGAUUGGAUCCAGGAGAAUUCUGGACUAAAGGCGAGCGAGGAAGACUUCCCACUGUGAGAGGAGAACCGUCAAGGGAGGGAGGGGGGUCACGCAGUCCUGCUUGCUUUGUAGUCGGACGCCACACAGCUGCGGCGCUGGAAUUUCAUGCUCUCAAGAGGAGAUGUUCAUUAUAUUUCAACCAAAAUAAAGCAAAAAAAAAGAGAUCCUUGGAGAGAGUGAAAGGAUGCUUAACUGGCAUUUUUAAGGUUUACAAAUUUUCCAGGCAUGGGUGCUUAUUUUGAACUUUCAGGAGACGGUAAAAGCACUAAUAUGAUCAUUUUAAAUUGAGCAACUUUAAAUGUGGGAAAUGCAUUUCCCCGAUUCCCAGGCCCUGGGCUGGUUUUUGCUCCAUCAGUGAUAGCAUCACACUUUGCUGUUGCAGCAUAAACUCUAGGGGCUCCAACAGGAAACUGAUUUAUGAAGCUUUGCCGGCUUGUUUGCUUCCAAGCAUGCAGCCUGAGUGUAAACACCCUGACACUGCACAAGCUGAUUACAAGUGAGGCAGAUGGUUUCUCCUCUGAGGGAGUCAUGUUUUUGCAUUCCCCUGUCACGGGAGAGCUGAAAAACGCAAUGCCCCGUACACGCACACACACGCACAAGUAGUGCAUUCAUAAGUUUGUAGACACACACACAUCAAACUCACACUUGCAUGCAGGCAGGGUUCACUUGGUGCAUUUUCCCAGCUCUCAGGUGGUGGUGUAUCCAGUGUGACUGAGGAAAGCAUCUAUAAUGACUGUGAAAAGCUUUCAGGAGAGACUUCCAGGGUAGAGUUCUGGUUGUUAGUGAAAUGCUGUGUCUGCACACAUUUGAAUCCCCUGAGCUGUAACCUCAGUAAACUGUACAUUUAAUAAAUCACAAGCCUCAAAUUUAAGACUUAAAUAUCAGUCUAUAGAGUGGAAAUUCCCAUGUAUAUAAUCACGCCGAGACCUUUGGGAGCUAUAUGUGUGCUGUCAUGCCAAGACUAAAUGGUUCAUGAACUCAGUAGCUCCCCGUUUUGAUUGACUCUAAUAUAUUCCCAGGGCCUGAAGGCAGUGAUAACUUACAGUAAGACAGCGCUUUGAUACGGGUUGACUGUGCACAAAAAGAUGAGAUCUGUCCUGUACAUGCUGGCUCUUGCUUCAGCUCCUCACAGUGAGGAGUAAAUCAUUAAGUACUUCAGCUGCCAACUUAAAAGGUGUGAAGGCAUGCACCGAGGAUCAAGACGAGAUACUGACAGACGAGAAGUUUGCAGAGCUUCCUCACCGUGACGCCCAGUCAGUGGUUUGCAACCAAACAAAUCUCCUGCGAGGUUUUUUGUCUGUCUGAGGAGAGGAAGGUCACACUUUAGUGCAGGCUAACAAAGCUCUCUGGAAACAGAUUUUGACUCUCAAACCCCCCUGGGUCUUGAGAACAGAGCUGGUGACAAACUUGUUCUGGCACAAUUAUGAGCUGCUCGGUCACUUUUUGACACCCUCCUGCUCCUCCGACUGUGCCGUUGUGUCAAAGUGCUUGUUUUCUGAUAAAGAGCAGCUCGGCUUGUUAUCACAAGUGUCAGUGUGUGUUGACUCUGACUGCAGGGGUUUGUUCCGGCAAAGAGGUAAAUGACCAGCAAGCCACAGCGGUGACCACAGUCCAGAUGGAUGCCUCCAACUAGAAACUGUUGAUUUAGUCAACCAUGAGUCAACAGUUCCCCGCAGAGGGGGACGGCAGAGUGGAGGGACAGAGGAGAGGAAGUGCAAGGGUGUUGAACGAUUACAUGGAGCUUAAGCUUCUAGGGUGGGGGGCGAACAGGAAGCGGAUGCCUGAGUGGUUCAGAGGCAAAAAAGUGAUUGUUGUGUACCACACAGAGUGGAUGUGGCCUUCUGUAAUUAAAGUGUGUGUUUGUGCAAGCUUGUAGCAUUGGUGUGCAUGAGGAUGUGCACACAUGCUGCUCCUUUUAGGGCUAUUUUUGUUGUCUUCACACUCAGUGCGUUUACAUGCACAGCUUAAUCGGACUAAGCUCAUUAUUCUUUUUUUUGGCAGCUGAGAAAAUCAAAUUAUUGCCCCCUAGUUUAUCCCAAAACUAAGGGCCAAUAUAGGCCUUUUUAACGGCGCUGUUUCUGGACCUUUAUUAAAGAUGUCUCCGUUCCCGGUUUUGCAACUGUCCAUCUACUUUAAAAUGUCCAUUUCUGUCAGGACGGAAAGCAUAACGGCGCUCUCCUCGAUGUUCCAAAAGUAGACAUUCUUUCGUGCUUCAGCCACAUUGCAGUUGCUUCGUAGUCGAAAGUUCAUUCGGCGUUACGGAGGCAUGAGGCACGCGCACAUGCAUUGUCUGAUUAUCGUCCGCAUUAUCUGGGUGUCUUAAUUGGAGUUCUCAAUCACAGAUUAUAGUCGGACUAAGGUGUUUACAUGCACUUCAGUUGUCCGGUCUUAAUCAGAGUAAGGCAGUAAUUUGGUUUUCCCAAGUGUCAUGUAAACAUACUGACUAUGAGGACGACUUUCAGAGGGUUUGUUGUAGCUCUCCAAACAUCUUGGCUCAAGUGUGCAGUGACUUGUCGAAAACGUUGGACAAUAUGCAGCAUGAACUCUCAUCUCUAAUAAUGUGUUUCAGCUUUCAGCACCAUAAAAAUACAGAAGAUGGAGCGAAACAGGACAGAUGGACUCAAUAAAGUCUUAUCAUGAAUGCAACCUGCAACAAACAACAAACUCACAAUCCCCCUCACUCACUCAGUGUUUCUGUUGGCAGGGGAAAUGCAUGAAAAUACCCCGAGGACAUGUUGCUCCCCGGGGAGACUCCACAGAACUGUUGGAUCAGAAACUGUGUAAGAGUUUGAGUCUUGUAAUUUAACAAAUAGCCUUCAGUCAUGAUUUUAAAUUUUUAAUAUUGGAGAUGAAAAAUCUUUCCAGAGAUCCAUAAUUUAAUUUUGAAAAUCGAAAACAUAUUUUGGCUCAUAAAAACUGGUGGUGAAGUGAAAUGCUCAGUUGAGUAUUCACUGGUAUCCUAAUAGGCUGAUAAGAAUCUGUUGCCAUGGAAGUAUUACUGACCAUGAAAUCAGAGUUGUGUUCAAACAUAAUUCUUCAAAUAUGUAAAACCAACUUGUUCAUGUCUUGAAUGGGUAGUUGUGCAAAUUAAAAUCCUGAUAGGGUGUCUAAUGGCUGAUCAAUGCUUGCCAUAGGUAUGAAAAUGUACACACGUCCAUUUCAAACGAUGGCCCACAUACUUUCAUGCGUUCUUUACAUUGGCCUGGAUGUUAACCAAUACACCCACCAGGGGAUAGGCCACAGUGUUCAACAACAACAAAAAAAAACAUGGCAGCUUUAUGUUCUUUAUGUUAAGACAGAAAUGGACACAGCGAUUGAGGAGGCGGUGGUCGGUCAGGUCACCAAACGUGUCGCUUUUGGAGGACGGACAUUUUUUUUCUCUAGAAGUACCAAUGAGACAAAUUGACGAACUUCAAAAAGGCCCGACAUUGUCUUCUUCGUUUCUCGCUAGAGAUGCUUAUCAGGUAGUGACAGCAGCAACACUGCCCCUGCGGUUUCUGGUGGUACUGCUCCGUCUGGCCCGUAUCUGUAAACUUCAAGAAUACGUGCAGAAAUACGGACAAAAAGAAUGCAAAGCACGGUUGGAGAGCUUCGUCCGUAUCUGUAUGUAACGUUGAGCGUAAAUGAGCCUUAAGUCUGAAUCUCGCUCCUAUAACCACCUGCUCACUAUACUUUUUAUAUAUUAUGUACAUUUUUCGUACUAUAAGGAAAUCACCAGAUAAACUGUAUAUGCUAUAAAUCUGAGCCACAGAAUUUGAAGAUUUCAGUCUGUUUCUGCAGAGUUCAUUUCUUUGCAUCAAAAGCAACAUUUCUAAGUUCACCAGCUCAUCCCCCCCGCUCUCACAUCUGCACUCCUUCUCCCUCCUGUCUCUCAGCCUGUCAGGUCCUGUCCUCAGAAUGUGCUGUCAAGUGUUGACUUCCAACCUGGCUGCGCUCUGCACUCCCCAUCAGCAGCUGUGUGUGCAACCGUGUCAUUAUCUCGAUUACACUCCUCCAGCCACACACACUCCUCCGGGGGCUCCACCUUAAUGAGAGAGAGGGAGAAGACAGACAGCAUCCAAUGACUCUGCUCUGCAUCACUGACACAUACUCUUCAUGAAAGUGGUGUAUGCACAGCGCUUUACAUUGUCGUUGCUAGGAAACACUUCAAUCAAGUUGAACCCAUCUCUAUUGUUUCUCAGCAUGUGUGCAUUGUAAAGCCCGAUGUGUGUGUGUGGCAUCUUUAUAUCUAAAACCACCCUGUCAUUGUCACUCUUCAUUGUGGCGAGGUCUGAAUGGAAACAGAUUGUUUGUUGACAACUAUUAAUGUCAGUUUCUAUGUCAUUAUGUGCAGCCUUUUGAAAGUACUGCACUCAAAGCGGAACAAUUACGUGUGGUUUAAAGUAAAAGUGAAAAAAAGAAAAGAAAAGAAAAUUGGCCUGUUCUCCACAUUUCUUCUUGAUGUUUCACUUGAACUUGUUCUCAGCAGCCAGAAAUACCAGUGAGGGCUUGUAUUUUUAGCUCAUGUCUGUGGGAUACAAGCUCAAAUCUAAAGUAGUGUAUCAAUCAGUCAGUGCGUUUACAUGCACAGCUUAUUCGAACUAAGCUCAGAAUUCGAUUUUUUUCUGAAUCGGACUUCUCCCCUUGACCGCCUAUACAUGCAGAUGUGAAAAUCGAAUUAUUGACGUGAAUGAUUUAAAUUGUGUACUUUGUGCUCCUCUAUAUAAAUAAAGUUUGAUUUGAUUUGAUUUGAUGUGUCCUCCCCCCAAAACUAGGGGGCGAUAUGGGUGUUUUCAGCAGCGUGUCAGACGUCAGAAGUGGCUAUGACUGCUGCUGGGCCUUUUCGAGCACGAAGAUGGAGCAUCGUACAGCGUUGUUUUUGUCGUACAUGAUGUAGGCUGCGCUACUUUUUCAGCAGACGAGAUGCACGCUACUUCUCUUCUCUGGUGUUUUUGUUCGGGGGUUACGGGGGCGUGGCGCACACACAAAUGCAUUGUCCGAUCAUACUACGACUGCACCGCUUACAUGGUAGAGAAAAUCGAAUUCAAUCACAUUAUCUGGGUGUCUUAAUCAGAGUUCUCAAACUCCAAUUACAGUCAGAUGAAGGUGUUUACAUGCACUUCAGUUGUCCGGUCUUAAUCGGAGUAAGGCAGUAUAGUGUCAUGUAAACGUACUGAAUGUGUGUUUGUGUCCAGAGGUUACUUUGAAGCUGUACAUCUUUUUUGCAUUCAGAAUUAUCAGAGUGUUUCAUGCUCCAGAGAGACAUGGCGGUUUGGUCUAUUUGGCACCUGAUGAGCGAGUUUAGUCUUAUGAUGGUGGAGAUGGGCCAAAUAGAGGAAGAGUCUGGUGGGGUAAAUGAGGGCAGAGAUAUUAGUUUUCUGCAGACAUUUGAAAAUAUCACUCCUGUUGUUUCCCCCUCGGUCAUAGCUUGCGUAAAAACAAAACUGACUGACCUCUUUUUUUGCGAAAGAAAGCAAAAUCAGUGUCUCUCUUUCUCCGCGAGAAACCCGAAUCAGUAAUCAGAAGUCUGUUUGUACCAUUAGCUCUGCAUCAUCAUGAGACCUUCACGGCUGAAAAGACGUUUGCCGGAGUGAAUUGAUGAUAAGCUCCAGAGCCUGGAGGAGGGCCACUGCACAAAAACAAGGGGUUCUUUAAUUGUGAAGGAAAAAGAAAGUUGUUUUUUUUCCCCCAAUCAGAGAGAACUUGUUUACAGGGUCCAGUAACUUAGAAAAUCUUCUGGUCGUAAAGCCAGGUAGGAACCCUGUUUCUCUCAUGUUGACAGCACAAGGUCUGACAUGGCGAGCUAAUGCAUGAAAAACAGCACAGGAGAGUGAGCAUGAUAGAGUCAGUCAGUUUAUAAAGUACAACAAAGGCUGACAAAACAAAGACUUUAACUGACAGAUAUCUUACAAACCUAUAAAAAUCCAUGUUUUUGUUCAGCAGUGACUUCUUAACCCUGCAUUUGUUUUUAACUUUUGCUACUUGUUAUGAAUCAACUCAGAGUUUUGUUUUACUUUCUCUCUCUGAAGGGUCAAAGAAAUCCUGAAACCAGAGGCGCUAGUUGAACUCAGUCCCUGUAAAGUGAGGGUCUGAUGAGCAGAGACUGCAUCCUUGAUACAUCGACCACAUACUUGACCCUCGGCCCUUGGGUUCAUAUAUUUCUUUUUUUUUUUUCCCUCCUCAUGUCCCCUGUAUAUCCUUAGCUGUUCUUCUGAAUAAAAGCAAAGUUAAUAAGUCAGAGCACAAGCCAGAUGCUAUGCUUAAAAAUGAUUAUUUUAUGAACACUUAUCUGCAUGUCCGUUUUUGGGACAAAGUAGGCUGGAUGAAGCUAAAAUACAGAAAUUGGUACAACAAAAUAAUAAAAUUAAAUGCACCAAAAUCAAGUUUACUUCUCAUCAUUGACAGGGCCCAGACUCUUUUUCUAUUAAAAACAUCAUCUAGAUCAUUUUAUAUGGGAAAUAUGACAAGUUUGUGUUUUUCACCAUUAAAAAUAACAGUGAUAUGGUGCACAAAAACUGGCAUAAAAAGGGUGUAAUUAAUUGUUUUUUAAUGGUCAGGGCUGCAGUUGUUUAAGAGAUAUGAGCUGAAAAAAGUGUAAUGUUUAAAAAUGAUUAUUUUAUGAACAUUUAUCUGCCCGUUUUGGGGACAAAGUAGGCUGGAUGGAGCUUAAAAUUAACAGGAACCGAGAGUUAAUACUGGGGGAAGAUUUCCAAAUAUGCUGCUGAUAACUAUUUUCAAAUAUCACAUCUUUACAGGAAAGAGAGAUUUUAGUAGGUGAGGUGGGAUGAGCACACACUAAAAUAAGGUGAGCAACAGAGGAUAUUUAGCAUGAAAAAAGGAAAUUACAGAGAUGAUGUCAUGACAAAAUAAUGUUAAAUAAAUGUUGCUGCUGAGUUGUAAACAAUACAAGCUAUGUAACUAUCGACAAAUCUUUCUAAAAUCCGAAUUUUACCUCCUUUUCUUUGAAGUGUUCCCAGUCUCUUUGUCCUCUGCAGACCAGAAACAGUUAAGUGUCUGAAACAUGAGGCUGUAACUGCUGCCUUGUAAGUUGGCCCAAAUUGUUUAUGUGUAAACCAAAUUGGUUCCUCUCAGCAGCCCUCAGGCACCAGCGCUGCAGUGUGGAGCUUCCACUUGCAGCAUGUGUGGUGUUCAAACAGUGUUCUUGAGUCUGCACAUUAUGGGGACAGAGGUCGAAGGACGUAAAGACGGGAUGUUAUGUAUAAACAAUUGUUUGAGUCUGAAUCUGAGAGUGAAUUAAGUUAAUUAAAUUAUUACUCCAAAUGUCAAAAGGCGGGAAACAAAAGUGGAGAAAAUGUCCAUUCAUCUUUUUGUCCUCGUUUUUCUUGCUCGGCUGAUUUCAUUUGUCAUUUUGUGUCUGUUUUUUCAUCAGCCUCCCUUCGUCUCAGUGUUUUGGAGCGUGUCAGUUUUGUGUUGUUUGAGCUAAAAAAAAAAGAGGUAGUCAGCCACUUAAAAGCAGGUCAAAGGUGGUCAAACCGACGGCAAACGAUGCAGGAUUUGUUUAAACGUAAUGGUCGGACUACAGCGCUGUCAAUUUAACAGCCGACAGCUGCUCCCUGUAUCUGAGUGUGUCUGUGUGUGUCUGUGUCUAUGUGCUGCACAGACAAGAAAACUGGCUCCAGUGAGCUCUGGGACUGAUGCCUUUAUCAAACCAUAAUCACUACUCUUGCUGUUUUUAGUGUCAGCCUCAAAUUUGAUACUGUAAGUGUUAGUGGCCAUGGUUAUGCCCCAUAAUAUUCUCUGCUGCUUUGCUGAAAACAGCUGUAAUCUCUCAAACAUGCUGGCUGCAAUUUUCCUGUCUUAGCAGCUCUCCUCGUCGUAUCGGUGACAUUCAUUCAAAAAAGUGUAGUAUGAAAACUUAAAGUCAAAUGAAGAGAGUUUUGCAAAACUUGAGAGUACUUUUGGGUUGGGUUCAUUUUCUCUUUAAAUCUCCUCUUGCCUCUGGUUGUUUUUUCAGACAGAAAUACGAGAAGAAACUGAAGUACUCCUCUGUGUCUCCUCUAAAAUAAUGAUCCUUUGUUGAAAUUCAAUCUAGUGCUUAAAACUGUUUUAUAUUCUCGAUGUUUUUUCUCGCCAAAAAAGUAGAAAUCAAACAGCUUCUGUGUCUUUGCCUCUCCAAAUCAAGACAGAAUCUGAGACCAAGCAACACCAAAGUAAAUUCAGCGAUUUUCUGCUGGAAGCCAUAAACACAGUGCUGCAUUGUUCGUGUUUAUUUUGGGGUGUAUACUUAGCAUCUUUUACAGUUCCCUUUCGAAAGCAGCCCAUCAUUAUGACUCUUGUGUAAACACAGAGGGUUUUUUCGGUGUUGCUAGGAGUGGUUUGGAUUCAUUAUUCCCAAUCUCAGACUUCAGCUGACUGUUUUUGUCAGCUGGAUGUGACUCUCUUUGUGCUCCAGGCAGAAACAGAAGUGGAUUUAUGGGUCUGGUUGUUCAUAGACCUGUUGUUUCAAGACCGAACUUCAGCUCUUUGAGGAAUCAGCAGCAGGGAAUUUCCAUUUUGUCCAACACUUCAAGGCUGUCGAGGGAAGUUGGUCAGUCGUAGUACAUACUUUCAUGCACACAAAGCGCUAUUCUUGAAUAUGCAAAGGAGGACGGGUAUGUGAAGGAGUUGUUUCAGCUGAGGUCCUCUGUGUAUGGUCUUUGUAAUGCUGUUCAGAUGUGUACUCUUAUGAAUCAACAUGGAAACUCAUGUAAUGUUUUCAAGCUGAAUUCAAGGUUCAACUGAGGAACUCCUGUUUAAAGGUUAUCAAAACUCUGUUCCGUUUUAACCUCAGACAAGUUAACUCAUUUACAACUACUUACUCUCAGAAGAACAACAGAGGUUUUCCAUUUUAAAGUAACUGUGUACAUACAUGAUCACAGCACCUAGCUUAAUAUCAUAGUGAUAUAUUUUAGCAAAAAUAAAACUCUGUUCACCUUUUGAAAUUCACCCAGCACGGUUUCUCUCAGUUGAUAGAGCACAUACUCUGCAUACAAAGGAGAUAGUCCUUAAUGCACUGAUCUCAAGUCAGAUAUCCAGCUGUGAUUUUAUGGUGCAUGUAAUCUCUCAUUCUCUCUGUUCCCACAUCCCCCUGUCGAUUCUUGGGCCUUCAAAUCAAAUACAGGCUAAAAGCCAGAAAAAGUUUUUAAUAUAGUCAGUAUGAAAUAAUCAAAAUGGUUUUCUUCUUUUCACCAAGCAGAGACCUCUAAUGUUAAGUAUCAAGGGUGCAAUUCCUUGACUGUCCACUUGGGGCUUGCUUCAAAAGCCAUGAGAUGCCUGUUUAAGCCCAUAUAAAGUGUCAAAUUUUAGAGUGCAAACUGGAACAAAAAAACUGGGUUUCGUCAGCUGAAAUACCUUCAUUUGGGAUGACUACAGGGGUGUUUUUUUUUAGAUAUCUCAUCCACAGUGAUUGUACUGAGAUGAAUAGUUGGUGCACUCUUUGACUAGCUGGAUUAUCAACAUUAUCAACACAGUUACCAGGAACUUUGGUCUUUCUUAUGCUCUCCAAAAAUGUGUGAGUAGAUCACUGAUACUAUAUACUACAAAGUUUGAAUAGUUACAAAACAUACAAAAUAUUUGGAUGAUUUGAAUUGACUGAUCAAAAAAGCUCUUACGACCAUACGCAUGGGCACUAAAUGUCAUUGCAAUGCAAGCUGGUGCUCGAAAAAAGGUCAAUGUAUCAUAAAAGUCAGAGGGAGUCAUCAGCUGGGGACCAUGAUCAUUAACACAAAAUGUCAUGGACCAAAGUGUCAGUCCAACAGAAUUAAGAACAACUCUUUUUACUCUCCAUUGAGCUGCACUGCAAGUUUUGAGGGGGGGUUGAGGUAAAUACUGUCAUCAGUUUUAAAGGCAACAGUGCAAAAGUAGAGCACAAGAGCAAAAAAACAUGCACACUUUCAGAAAUUAUUUAUCAUCAUCAGCAAUGCGACAUUCUUUUAUGACAAUAAAAACCCAACACUGUGUCAUAUUUUGCCUGAAAUGUUCACAAUUUACAUAAUGAAACCUCCUUUUGAAUUGAUUCCAUAGCACCUUACUCAACACCAGGAUCAUCAGCGUGAUAAAGUGAACAGGUUCAGUAAAAUGGCUCGAAUCCUAAUUGCAUUUGGCGACUCGCUGUCACGAACCGAGGCGAAAGAGUCAAACGUGCAUACAGUAGAUAGAGAGGGAGGUAAACUGUAUGACCGGGGAGGCAGUGAGAGAGCAAUGAUUAAGUUGCUGCAGUAAUGAGAUGUUUAUAUAAUCUCACCCCUUUAACUUCUUCUCAUUUCAUGCAAUCUAUUCGUUACUCCUACACACACACUCAAUCUCUGUCAACCCCUCUGUGUUCAGUCAUGGAGGGUGGGAUGAAGGCGAGGGACAGCACAAGAGUCUCUCCCCAACUCUUUCAGUUUUUGGCUUGCUUGCUCCAAAGAUGGGUGGCCUGUGUUGAACCCUGGACCAUAUUCUGGCACAGAGUCUUCUUCUAGCUUAAUUCUUUAAACAUGCUACUGGGGUGUGGCGAAAGUGACCUCACAUCCUUCGUCAGGCAUCCAAAAGCCCAGAAAUGGGACAACACACUGUAGAGGCACAAUUUCAAGCUUUAAAACUGUUAUUUAACAUUAUUAUUUAACAUGGUUUUGGGGAUAUUUUAACAACCCCAAGAGCAGAAGUUUGUGGACAAAUAUGGAAUAGAGCUCAAUGUGUUUGUCAGGGUAAACUUGCUGUUGGCGACCAGCUAGUAAGUUUUAAGAGUUAGCAAGCUGCAGCUCAUAAAAACGUUUCCAAAAUCUUUAACAAGAAAACUUUAUUGAAUGAAUUUUGCACAAAGCCAAGAACAAUACCACUUAUUUCCAGCACGUAUUUGGAAACAAACUUUGAUGAGGAUUGGCUGACUGGAGCUAGCUUGGCUUUGUUGCACUUUGGUUGUUAACUCAGCACCAGUAAAGUAAAAUAAUCGGCCAGGCCUUUGUGUGUUUGUCCCCUAAUGUUGAAUAUUUAGCAAAGAUACAUUAGUGACAUUUAUUAGCCAAAACCAACAUGAUUAUUUUGUUGCAUGUACCCCACUUUAAGGAACAAAACCUCUUCAUCGGUUCACAAGAUGAGAAAAUUGGUUUGUCUUCUAUAAUUGUGUUGGCUGAUUGAACUCUCAGUGUGUGUUCAUACCUGCAGCUCGCAUUGUUUCGUUCUGAUUCAGACGCUAAGAUGACACAUUGUUGAACUCCUCUUCAGAGUGUGAGUCAUCAUUACGGCACAGCCUCCUUCGCUUCAUGCAUGAAGAAACAAAUACCUUACCUAGUGGUUUCACUUUGCAUUGUGGGAAACCAGCUCUCAGAUGCUAACUAACACUGGCCAGUUGACUGAAAUUAGUAACACCAUCACUAUCGCUGAAAUUAGUAAGACCAUCACUAUCGCCAGGUGAUUUUUACCCAAGAAAAAGUACUUGUCAUCAAAAUAUAUCAAAAUGGGACAAUACAUGACAAAUUAAAGUAGUUUUAUUUUAUUUUUAACUGUGCAACGUCCAAAGGGAGGAAAAAAGUGCCACGAGGGGACCAAAAGUGCAACAAUAUAACUGAAAUUAGGCAUUCAUGACCAAACCUAGAAAAAUAGAAACUGUAAACUUAGUUUCUUUUCCUGGGGCAUGUGGGUCCUUGGCACAAUAACAGCUGCAGGAGAGAGAACCAAAAUAUAUUUUGAGUGAGUAAAAAUGACCAUCUUACUAAAAUAUUUCUUAUCACCUCAUGAAUUCCCUUGAAAAUCACUACUUUGUGAUACUUAUUCAUAACCACUGCACCAAAUAAAGAUAGCAUGCAAAUUCCAGGACCACUCUUACUGACCUUAUUCCCUCCAUAUGCGGCUAUCAAAUCCAUCCAAACCUUCUUACCCUCUAUCACUUUUGCCGGGUGAAAAUCACCCGAACAAGUGCCUGUAGGAAAAAGCAGGUUUUGGAUCAGGGAAACAAAUACGCCUUUAAAGAUGUCAAAGGCAAUGCUGAAGCUACCCAGAGACCCAUGAUACUCAGACGAACGCAACAUAAUGAAAAUCACGUAAACAUGUUUGGUCGGGUUAAAAUCACUCGGCGAUAGUGUUCUAGGGUUAAAGCAGUGAGGAGGUAGUUGCGUUUACGAACUUAUAGGUCAAUGCAUGAAGGGUUCCCACUAUCCUGUGAUGUUGCCAUGGCUACCAUUAGCUCCAAUGCUCAUGAUGAACUAGAGACCUUGAGUAAUGCUAGCCUAUUGCUAUUUCCAUCCCACUCUUCAAGGCGAUCUUGUUUUGUUCCACAUGCAGAGUAUGAUGUCUGUGUUUACAUACUGUAUGUCCACAUGAUGUAGGUCAAGAGGGGGAAUGCCCAGUUUCAAGGGCCCUCUUGAGAUUGUUUCUUAGAGGAUCUAUAGGACUAUCAAAUACCAGGUACAGUCAGUCUAUAAGUACAAACUUGCUCAUAUGACUCCUUGCGUUUGUCCAGGAGAGUUUUAUUCGCCUCCAUAUGUGCAUGUGAUUUAAUAUUUAUCUGUGCAGAGGGAGUGGAAAGUCACAGCAGGAAGUAGAUCAGACUUAAGAUCACAAAACAAGCCUGGUGCACAGGAGCUCCCUGCUCUGGGAUCCCAGCUGUCCCAUAAAGAAGCUACUGCUGGCAGAUGCCUCCAGUGUGCUUUUUUAUGAGGGGGGGCACCAGGGGCCACAGACACAGACAUGUGUUUUCAUGCACUGGAAAGAAGGUGGGGAGGACACCUGUAGGUAGAGACCUUGACUGGACUCAUCUCUGCUCAGGUCUGCUAAAGAUGUUUUAAUGAGCAGUUUGUGAAUGCCAGAGAAAUGCUUUUACCGUCACAUGCCUGAUGUGGUCUGACAAGAAAAUGUCCUCCUUCCUCUCUUCUUUGUCUUCACAUCAACAUUGUCACCUGACGUAAGCUGGAGUUCUUAGCAACAUCUGUUUCUGUUUGAUAUCUGCGUGUUUUUCAUUUAGGAGAGAACUAUGCUAAUUCUCUAAGGGCGUCCUCCUAGGAUAUUAAUUUCAGUCCACAGUGUUCAGAUGAGUCACGUAUGGGUGGUGUGUUCUUUCUCUGUGGUUGUAUAAUGCUUUGAUUAUUAUACUUUCAUGUCUACUUUUGGAUUACAGGGUUUUUAAGACAAGAACCCUACCUUAAUGUCGUCAAGUGUUGUGUUUGUGCUCGGUAAUGUUCAGGAGGUCCAAAGUUCAAAAGACAAAAGUGUUUCUUUCCAUAAUUUGUUUUGUGAUCUGUCUGACAUUUAAGUUUCCCAUGCACCUUUUAUUAACAAAGCCUCCCCACAGAGCAGCUCACCAACAAAGGUUCUGAGUGGCACUCUUUGGAAAAAAGAGUGGGUGAGGCAACUCUCUCGUGAAAACGCUCUGCAAAUAUCCAGCUAGGUUGAAGACUGUAGUUUGCUUUUGUUCCUGUAACCCACUGGGGAGUGCAUCGCCUCACUUCAACCCAACAGAAAGCAUUAAGAGCAAGUGCUAUCUUGUUCAAAUCUCUCCACCCCCCCCCCCCUCUCUAUUUGCACACACAUCUUCACUGCUUUUUCACCUUCACCACCUGCAGACAGACUGUCCCCAGUCAUCAUCCACAUAAUAGUCCCUGUUUCCGCCUCUGCAGCAGCUUAUCAAGAUAAACAGUGAGUUGAAAAUGAACGCCACACUGCCAUUGCAAAGGUUUGUCUGACUUUAUCCAGGAAAAGUCUCCCUGAACCAUUCCCUGCUUUCAGAGUGGUCAGCUUACCUGCAGAGGCCGUGAAACUUGAUAUAUCCCAAAUUAUAACUUUAGAGUAUCUGACAAAAGUUAUAGAUUCAUAGCAUAAAAAAUAUAUAUAAAAACUAAGAUUAUGAAUCUUUAAAAUAUUGCAGACAUCAAGUUAAAACAAUACAUUCAUUACUAACAUUAUUCAACAGCUGAUGCUAGUUUUCACCCACUUCCUAGCUUCCACCACAUUAGCUUAGCAAGUUAUUUACCUUGCAAAUAUUGUAUUAGCUGGAUAUUUUCACCAUCUUUUUGUACACAUCUCAAGCGUAAUGUUAUCGACCACUUCCUAUAGCUGUUAUGGACAAAUGUGACAAAUUACUGAAAGUCGACAAGCUGCCAUUGCAGUCGUGCUGUUUCUCCUUAGCUGCUUUCAGUUUUUUGCUAUAACCUGAACUAUCUAUGAAACUUUAAUUUUGCAACUGUGUUGAUGAAAUAUAGUUGUUCAUUUAGAGUAAAAAAGCAUUAUACAACAUAGCACUUUAUUACAUAUAUGUAGCUGGUGGUCAGUCCUUUUCUUAAUUCCUUUAUUAUGAAUUCAAACUGUUGCUGUAAAUAACUAUUAUUUAGGGUGAGCAAAAUAUGACUUCCCAUUUAUACUCCAGCACUGGGCAGGCCUGAUAAGGGGAGAUAAGUUAGCAGUCAGAAAAUAAAUAUAUAAAAGAAAGGACACGACUACACAGGGGUGGAGUCAUGGAGUCGCACAAAUUUAAUUUUUAGAGUUUUUGGGUCGGAUUGAGUGUCUUUAACGCAUUUCUAGCUCAGUAAGUCCACUUGACACAAAGUCGGCACUUCUGUAUAAAACUGCAGACAUUUAAAUUUUUUUUAAACUUCCCCGGACGAAGCCGGACAAGCCCAGACAGCCCCCAAAAAAGAGGACGUGUCCAGGUAAAAGAGGACGUAUGCUCACCCUAUAUUAUUUUGUCAAAAUCACCUGAUUUAGGUUCCUUUAACAGUAUCGAAUGGAGUCUCAUGUGCCUCAUUGUAGCGUUGAUCAUGUUUGGGAUGUGCAGUUUACUCAUAUCCCACUUUCCUAUUAGAUCUUUUGCAUCUUGUUUGUGCAGGUGCCGGUGAUGUGUUACUAUUGCAACAUACUUUUUGCUACUGGGUGAUUUUGAAACCUGAGAAACAUGAGACCAUCAAGGCUUAAUAAGUCCUCACUCCUAUGCUAACAUCACACUGCAAUUAUCAAACAUGUCCUAACUUGGACGAGUGUCAGCUUUUUACCAUCACUGAAACGGUUUCUUUGUCGCUCUGGAAAAAGACACUUUUGCAGCCAUUGUCAUGUUUGUUAUGCUAAUAUGUGAUAUUUACUGAUAUUUAAUAAUUGCUAUUAUCUUUUUAAUCACCUUUAAUGUGUUAUUUCUGCCCAUUGUAUUUCUCUUAUUAUUCAUUUCUGUUGUUAAUGAGAUGACUGUGGGUUGUGUGUGCGCUGUUGGUUAUAAAUCACCUCUGUGGGAUAUUAAAGAUAUCCUGAAAUCUGAAGUAGGUGAGAUAUAAUUAGACUGCUCCAAAUUUUUCAUGCCUCAUUCUCAUCUCCUCUGUCUUAUUGCUUUCCCUUAUUUUGUUUUCUCCUUCCCCUUCUGUUAAUCUUUAUUUUCUAACCACUAACUUAUCCACCCUCAUCAGGCCUGCCCAGCGCUGGAGUAUAAAUCAGCUCCAGGGACAGGUGGACAUCUGCCAGCCAUGAGGAGAUGCAGGCAGGAAUGUGAUCCCUGAUGAAUCUCAGAGAAACAUUCAAAUCCUGGCACCGCAGACCGCACCUCCUCUUCAUUGAUUUAUUGGACGGAGAAGAAUAUUGGAGAGAUGCCUCUUGCUUUUCUUUUUGUUUUGUUUGCAUCCAGGUCUUCUUCUUUUUUUAUGAGGAGAUAAAAAAAGCAGAAAUUUAAGAAAAAGAGGAUGAUUGGUUUGAAUGGAUGAGCCUUUAAAAAGCCCAAAUGUAACUGCGAAUCUAACUGAAGUGAGCUUAUCACAAGACUUUGUAGCUGCUCAUUUGCAGGCUGCUCAGGUUAGCGAGCUGGUUAAUGAGUGAAAUAUGUGGGAUGGAGACCAGGAUGUUCUUUCGAGCCCCAGCAGGGUGUAGCAUAAUAACAGCUCUGCUCUCAGGUUGACCCUUCGAAAGAAUAAAACGAACUCCUGUUUUUACCACUCGCAGCUUUUCUUUCCAGUAUUUCCAUGACAAGUAAUGUAGAAACACCAUUGUGCCUUCCUGAGCGUAUGGCUUCAAUAAAACUUGGUCAGGAUGGAGUUUGGUGGCGAGGAGCUUUGCAGUGUAACCCGCUGAGAUGGUGAAUGACUCGCUCUGUUGUAGAAAUGUUGGUUGUAAAACUGUUUUUGAAAUAUGACGAGCAGGAGGUCAAAGUGUGCGCCGUGAUCUCAAGUGACAUAUAAAACCAUAUUAUUGUCGCGUGUGCCUCAUGGUGGUGUUGAUCGCUGAUGCAACCUACCAUGAGAGUUUUUUUUUUCUCCUGCAGAUGUUAGCAAUUAGUAUGUCAACUCCUUCAGCAUGGGAGCUGACAUAUUAUUGUGAUUACAUGUUUACCAUGUUCUGCGUGGGGCAGCUUUCACCGAGGCUGUGUAGCCUUCAUAUUAGAGCUGAGCAUCACAGCAAAUACUCAUUAUAUUUCUAAAAUGACAUCCAUAUUAUUAAGUGCUGUGCAGCUUUAAAUAUCAUUAAUCUUGUUGUUUUCGCUGUGUUGUGCGUUAUACUUACUGUCAACAGAUUGUUGCUUUUAUUUAAAUGCCUCACAAUGGGAGAAGAUAGAGGCAUUUUGUAGGGCUGGGUGAUAUGGCCUCUAAUCAAUAUGAUUAUAUAUUGAGCAGUUCACCUUGAUAAUGAUAAAUGGACGAUAACUACUCCACAAGCUGCUCACCCCCUCCCACAUUAACUUUGCCUACUUCAGCUCCGGCCGCUACAACUUUUGAACCGUCCUCCAUCUCCUCACCUGUCUUUUCCUCUUUGUUAUGGACUGGAUGGGGUGGAGUCAUGUCCCUGACGUAUGACAGCGUCUUAAAGGGACAUGAGACCAUAGCCUACCUACACACACCAAAACCAACUUUUAUUUAUUUUUUGACACCAAAUAUACUGACAUGGGCAAAAUUACGUUGUUUAUUGUUGUAAAUUUUGGUAUCGGUACAUUUUCAGUUUAUUGCCCAGCCCUAGAAUGUUGUCCAUUUAAUAAACAGUAGAGCUGGAUUAUUCUGAUUGUAAUUUUGGCUCGCUAUAAUCAUAAUUUGAUAAUAAAGACUUGCAGAGCAAAGGCAUGGUUCACUUCAUCAUAAGCAGCUCGGAUCAACAUGAAACAAAGUUUGGCUAAGGUGAUCAUACGUCCUCUUUUACUCUGACAUGUCCUCUUAUUUGGGGCUGUCCGGGGGAGUUUAUAAAAUCCUUCAAAUGUCCGAGGUUUUGUACGGAAGUUUUGAGUUUGUGUUGCGUGGACUUACUAAGCUAGAAGCCCGUAAAAAAAACACUAAAUCCGACUCAAAAAACUCUCAAAAUAACUACGCGUGAAUCCGUGACUCCGCCCCUGCGUAGUCGUGUCCUUUUUUUGUAGAUUCAGAAUAUGGUCACUCUAAGUUUGGUGGACUGCUGAAUGUCCAAUGUGACAGUGUGCAAACUAUCGGGCAGCCACAGGUGGAGAGAGGAGAGCAGGGAGAGGAGUGCUGUAAAAAUACUUUACUACAAGCGAAAUCUGGCGUUUAAUUUUGUUAGUAGUGCUGUGAAGUAAAGAACUGAUGCACUGCAUGUGUAUUCAGGCUGCUUUGGUUAACUAGCUUCUGGUUUAGCUGCUUACCAAACAAAGUGAGAGUGAGAGCUACAACAUAAACACCAAACACCAUACAAUGUAUUUUGUUGUUUUCUCGUCAUUUUGAACCAUACAUGAUGGAAAACUUUCUGUAGUUGCUUUCUGCAUCUUUCCUAAACAACAGAGGGCAAUCCCCUCCAACACACACAUACACACACACAGUACACACACACAUACACACACAGCCUCCCUCCCCUCUUCCUCAGGCUUGCCCUUUUUAGGCUGUUCCUCCUUUUUUUUCCGUCUGAAAAGAGGGAUAGUAUGACAGCUUUUCCUGCUCUUUGUGGAUUGGAGCCGGGAGAGAGAAAACUCUGUUACUCACUCCGUCUCCAACUUUGAGAGGAAGUUACCACCUCUUCCCUAGACUCUGUACACACACACACACACACACACACUCACACAGGCAGCCAGACACACACGCUCUUCAGGACUUGACCACAGCAGCAACAGGGAAUCAACUGAAAGAGUCAGGACUGCUCGUGGUGCUGUUUGUUUCAAAAUUUGCAUGGAAACACGGCUAACGUUUGCAUUUUGGCUUGAAGCUUUCUGUGUGGGCUGAAGAGUUUCAGAGGAACGCUUCUUGUCAUUACACCGGUGAGUUUGACAGCUUCUUUUUAAGAGUUUGCACCUUUUAUAUUAGAAACCUCUGUGAGCCAGAACUUUUUAUUUUAACCAUGAAUUUGCUUUGUUUUUCAAAGACUGUUCAGGUUUUCAAUACUCUGCCUCUAAUCUGAGCUGAAAUGUUAGUCUGCCAGGCUUGUUUGGAGGUGAAUGUGUUUGGGAAAACUUCCAUGUGCCAUAAAGUUUGAAAUCUGGUUUCCAUUACAGCAGCUUUAGUAGGUUUUUACGUCACAUGAAAUUAGUUCCUUGUGUGAUUGUUUGUAUUUUAUUGAGGUGUGGUUAAAAAAGACAGAAAAGUGAAUGAGUUCGGGGCAAACAACUUGAUGAAGCGUGAUGUUUUAUCCUCUUUACAUUGUUUCCCAUGUGUUAAACGGUGUUUAAAGCAUCCUGGCUUAAGUUUAAUAUCAGAAACUAUCCGAGCAGUGUGAGUGCAUCACAGUAUGCCUCCUCAAAUGUGUGUUUUCAGCAUGUAUUCUAUGAAGCGCUGCCAAAGAGCAGCUGAUGCAGCACUUAAAGCUGAGACAGGACAGCACAGACACUUUCCUGUGCAGCUGCAUGAUACUCUCUAACCCUGAGGUGAUCAAUUAGUCAUCACCUCGCUGUAAAAUCAAAGCAAACAUCCUGUCGAAUUUUCAGAUGAAGUAGUUAUCGUACAAUCAGAGAAAUAAGGUGAAAGAGAAAGCGGGGGGCUCCAGCUGAAGCAUGAAAGCCUCCACAUGGUGCAUAUGGCUCUGUUUGUAUUUCAGCUGUUCCCCCUUUUUAACGCGUGAGCUCAUUGAAACGCUCACGCAGAACAGCGGUGAGCCAUAUGCCUCAGCUCGGAGAUCUCGUUGGACGUCAGAGGUCGGCACCUCUUAUCAGGAAAGAAGCGAGGUGAUGGUGGGAAGAGGCGAUGGGUGGAGGCUGGCUCUCAGGGGUCUCCUUUCAUUUGCACUAUCAGAGUGGGCCGUCGAGCGGUUCAGCUGUGCCUCCCUCCGGUCAAUCAGAUAACCUUCUAUAGGAUGAGUGUGAAUGCUUAGCUAAGUAACCCCUUCAAGGCUGGAGCAGAAGACUUGACUCCUGCGUGACCUCUUCAUGCCAGCAGACCGAAACCCCACCAACUCAUUCAUCAUUCGGCCUGUCUUAUCUUUCCUGAGGACGGUUGUUAACUUACUCUAUUUACCCUGCGGUCAAAGGUCAAACUCUGAUUUGAGCAACCUGUCUAAACUCUCAUGGUACCGACCAGUAUGGAGGGGAGAUACAGAAAGUCUCAGGGCGAUAAAGAGCCUGUGUUGACAUCUUUACACAGUGACAAGGAGUAAACACAGCCCGGUGCAUGAAAAGGGUCGAAUGUGCCAUGAUUGUGUGUCGCUGAAGCUUAUCUCGACGAUUUUUGAGCAAGAAAUGUCCAAAACCAAGUAUGUUGAAAUACCAGUUCAUAGAAAAUCUGGAGAAACUUCACAGUUUCUUUAUAAAAGGCUGUUUUUUCCCAUUUAUAUGAACUUACUUGUUGCACAGGGUUGUCAUUUCUUUGCACAGUCAUCACAAAGUAGUCCCAGUGGACGUCAUUGAGCUCUGUAUCCUUUGAGUAGAGUACUUCCACCCUUAAAUAUAGACAUCAAUUCACAUUUCUUAUAAGUAUGCAGCACUGAAGCCCAGCGGCGACUCUCUUAAACAGUAUAGGAGUCCCAUUUGUACUAUAACCGUCCCCAUUGGCCAAGGACGCUAAUGUCUUCAAUAGGGAUGAUUUAUCACUCUGACAAAGGGAACAAAUGGCGGCCACAAAUCAGUAGAGAGGAAAUUUAACUACUGUUGUAAUUAAUUUCACGGUGCAUAUUUAAGCGCUGACAUGCAGCCAUUAAUGUCACCGAAUCAGCUGAUCUCCCUGAGGCACCCCACCCAUGAUAGGGUGAUCCAUCCAAACACUAGGCUCUUUAUGUUUCAGCUUUUUAAAAAUCUCAUAAAAAUAAAGAAAAAUCUUCGUGAAAGCAGCGUAAAAGGUGCUUUUCUUUCAUUUUAUAAACUUGUUUGGCGUAAAUGGUGAAUUUACAGGCCUGUAUGAUAAAACCACUGGAAAAAUGCGCACUCUCCCCACCGCAACCACUCAUCUCAAUGAUAUUUAGUGACUAGGAUGAUGUUUUAAAGUGAUUGAGAACAGGGAGUUUGAUUUAUGAAGUGUCUUGGCUUGUGUUUAGCCAAGCUCCCAUGGCCAGAUGAUAUCUGACAGAGCUCAGGACUUAUUUCUCUCUAGUAAAAGCUUCACUGGUCAAGACACUCCCUAUAUGCUUCACUCCCCGGAUUGAGCAUGUUUGACAUGCUAAAUCCAUGGGGUUUGGCUGAGUUUACGGUCCUAUCUUGAGUGCACACACAUAGAUGUAGCUUGACACAUAGAGACUGUAAAGCACUUGAGCAUGCACAGAGUGACAGUGAUGGUCUUUGGUUUUGCUUAAACUGUGCAUAAAUACUUGAUAUAACAGAGAGGAAAUCUGGGUUUUUGGACAUUUUUUCUUUUCUUGGCAAAAUUGGAAAGAGGACUGAGCCAAGAAAAAUGAGUCACAAUCUGGGGGCAUUAAGAAACAUUUAGAGACUGAUCUAAUAUCCUAGAAGUGAAAUUUUAAAAGUUGAGAAAACAGCAACUUUGAUAUCUAAAUAUUCUGUAGUCAACCCGAACUCUGACAAACUGUAGAGACUAUAAAGAAGCUCUUUAUGAAAUGAUACUGUGCAAAUAAGUAAGGUAACAAUUAUAAAGCAACAAAUUUAAGCAGUGUUAAAUGUAGAGUUUUUAAGAAGAAUAUUCAAAUCCCUCUUUCGUCCUACCUGCAGUUCCUUUAUAGCCCACCAGGGGCCUCAUCCCAUACUUUGAAUAUCAGUGCCAUGAAGGAUAAAAACUAGUAAAAACUUUGUUUUGUUUUGUUUUUUCAGACUCACAUGUAUCAGCUGUUACCAGAACUAAACAUUAAAUUUCUCUUUGUAUCGUCUUCUAGGGUUGAUCUGGAGCGAAUGACCUCAACGUAAAAACUUCAACUGACCCAAAACUCUUAGAGGUAAGAAGAUACUCUGGAAAACAAACUUGUUUAUUUAGAAAACAAAACCAAACUAACGAAUCACAGAGUCUGCUGGUAAAAAGACACAAGUUGGUUUGCGGAGUGCGGAUAACGUUAGCAGAGCUAGCACCACCAGCCUCCAGUCCUCCUCACGGGUUAAUGUCGUAUGUCUGUGCUGGUUACACAUCGCUCCUGUUGAGGGUUUUUUAUGCUAGAUUAACCAAACAUGACUUUAUCUCUGUGUUUUUCUAUCAAAACACAGCCAAACUAAACUUUUCUAUGCUAAUUCAGUCCCCAUUAACUGGAGCAACAGCCCUGGCCAGAGGCAGAUGGCUGCAGAACAGCUUAGACACAAUGUCUGGUCAGGAUUUCAAGCCUACAAAAGAAAUAUCAACAAUUUGUUCAAUCUACAAGUACUUCUGGUCGAGAGAGAGUGACAACAUUUUAUGAGGGCAAGAAACUUUCCAAAACUUCCAGGCUUCUCCGAGGGCUUAAAAAUAGCUGGAAACUGGACCCAGACAUCUCUUUAUCCUGCAGUAGAGAGUUUAUUCUAAGGACCCAAUCAUGUUGGAAGCAAACACGUGUUUUGUGUCACGGCGUGAUCCGAAAGGUCCGUGUAAUUGAUACAGUAUGCGCCGUGUGCUGUUGGACGGUGGCCCCAGAUCGAUGAGAAGGGGUGAGAUCAUGGCUCUAUUUUUGGGGCACAGACUUGGGAAUGAUCCAAAACAUUCUGCGCAUUAGACAAUCGUACGGGAAUGUUCAUAUAAAUCGAUCUCAACACAAAUGAAACAUACACAGACAGCCUGUUACUGUCAACACACAGACACAUACUACACACACACAUACACAAAUAGCUGCGGUUCCAAUAUGGCUCCCUUCUGCCAUGAGCACAUUUGAUUGCCGUGAUAAUGUCAGUAUGAAGAUGGCUCAUGGGAAAUGUCCUCGAUAUUUACAUAGCAAAGCAUUCUGACUUCGCCGCACAUCAGGAACACAUCUGGGCGCUAUUAAGCACUUGCCCUAACCCCCCGCUCGCUCCCAUAUCUCUUUUACCCUCCUAUUACCUGCCAUAGCCCACAUGAUAUGCUCUCCACAGGCCGAACCGUACACUGUGGACCAUAGUUCACUCUUUGUGACAUGUGGAUACACAGGGAUUCAUCAGGGUAAGGGCGGGUGUAAGUCUAAACCAAGUCAUGGUGAAGUCACAGCAUCUCUGUCAGAGGAAAGCACAGUGCUGUCAUUGAUAAAGAAUAGCAACUUUCCCACAAAGUACAACUGGUUUGAAUCUUUUACUAAUAAAAAGGUUUUUGUCCUUAAAAGUAAAGCUGUUGCUCAUUGAGUCUGUGUCAUAUAAAGUUCUUGCCCUGAGCCGAAUACAUCAACUCAGAAGAAAAAUAAAGCUUUCUUUCAGCGUUAUGUCAAACACGAAACCAUAUUCAAACAUCUAAUGGGGGGGAAAAUGCUGAACGCUGCACAAACAAGACAGGUUAGGAUCUGAAAAUUAUUUUAUAAGUUAAGACCCGUUCAAGAGGAAACUGGGCGAGUACAAACUUUGCAGUCAUUGAGGCUGUUUGCUGCCCCCUUUUCUACCUCUGGGUUCAAACUGAGGUCAAAAAUGAUCAACGCUGUGUUGCUUUUUGUCUGCUUCACACAUUUUGUUGUUUUUUCAGACUCCUUGUGAAUCCUGUCUGUAUCUGCAAGACUUUGUUUCCACGUUAAGUGCAACAGCUGCUGCAGAGAGAUUAGUGUUGAUGUUUCAAACAAGCAACAGUCUCCGCUCAAGAGCCUCCUUUACUGCUUUUUUUUCUUUGCUUUGCAUUAUUAGACGCAAGGCCAUAAGCCAUAUGGUCCAAAAGAACCACGAUAAGUGAUCAAACUCCAUCUGGGAAUUUAAGAAUGAACGGACUUCACUAAGUUUAGCAAACCAGACUGAGAAAAGAAGUUGUAUGAAGACCAGGCAAAGACCACAUGUGUCAGGAAUCUGGUCUGAGUUCUGUUAAACAGACACCUUCAUUUUGGAUCGACUUUUCUCCUGCGUUAAAUCAGGAACACUGAAUAAUCCAAUAGGAAUUACACAAGGAGAAUGAGACUUUUAAGGCAAACGGCCAAGGUCCAGAACUUGAGUCAAACUGAAGAAACAUAAUCAACUUACUUGUCCUGCUGUACGCUCCUGCAGCGCCAAAAAGGGGCCACUGGAAAAGCUUUUCUUUCGUAAACGUGUUAAACUCUCAAAGCGCCAUGUUUCCCAUCCUGCCUUUCAGCGCUGUCACUCCAGCUCGUCUGUUUUGCAUGGAGGGGCCCUUUGUCCUCAAAGAUCCAUAUGCGUUCAUGUCAAAACAUACUCUGUAUCUCAUUGAUCCAGCACAUAAACACAGUAAAGCCAAUCAUAAUGGUAUGCUAACACCCUGUGACCCGGGUCAACCUCACCUGGUGCUUCACAUCUUCGUCCUGAUGGUAACCACAUGCUUGUCCUGUUUCCAAAUGCUACAGUUUUCCUCUGAUAUUCCAGCAGACUUUGGAAAAAGGGGGGACACAGUAUUACAAAAUUGCGCGGUCGGCCCUUAAGACCUUCCUGUGGAGGGGUAACUGAGAGGAAUUGCGGCCUUGUUUUCUCUAAGUUUGUCUUUUGCAACCUUUUUGGAUGCGAGGAAAGUUUGCUGCAGCUUCCAUUAGACAUCGCCUUCACCCUGAGGACCUCCAAGUGCUUAAACAGACAUGCUGAAGAGAGAUCUCUGUUUGGGAGAUAUUUCUGUUUACCAAGUGGAAAGUAACCCAAUGCACCUCUUUCUUUCUUUCUCGGAGCCCUAAUGUAUUUUACUUGGAGGGUUUUUUUUCUGGCGUGAUUGCAGGUGUGUGAUAAACGGCUUGCAGAGACAUCCAGCGGACACUUUUGUGAUACAGUUUCAGAUACUUUGGCAGUUUGAAGGUUUUUGCAGCUACUGGAAGAAUUUUCCUUGAGUUUGUGUUUAAUGGAGCCAAGACGGAGCUUUGAUUCGGUAUAUUUAUUUAAAGAAAACACGCCGGGAUUCAGAAUGUGCUCGCAAGCUGAGAACAGUGAAUAAAUCGCACAGAUUGGUUCAUUUGAUGCCGCGCACCAUUAAGUCCAGCGACAGCCUCGAAAUCAAAGCAGAAGCGUUUUAAUGAACAUAAUCAAAAGCAAAGAUAUUAUGUUAGACGCUAUAAAUUCUGAUGACAGCUCCUCUGAUGUCUGGAGAGAAUGUGUGUGGAGUUAGAUUUAAAAACAAUGAGAUGUGAUUAAAUUCAAAUCCGGCUAUUUUCAUUCUGCGAAGGUUCAUCCCAAAGCAAAGAAAGACCUUCUGUUGGGCCAGGAAAUUUUUGCGGCUGCAAAGAAAUUCAAAGUAUUAAAAAUAUUUCUUUCCCUCUGUGGUUCGGCGUGUGUCCUGACAAAGGGGAAAAACACCGGCUCAAUCCCUUGUGUAAUCUGACCUUUCUAUCCUCUGUGGAUAAAUCAAAUGAGGCCUGACUCCCCUGUAUAAAGUCCACCAAAGGGUUACGGCUUUGAUUUCUUCAUCCUGGAAGAGGAGAAUUGUGGUUGUAUGGUUUACGAAACAAGCGCUGGUUAAGUAUCUGGGGUUAGGAGCUUCUAUUCUGAGACAUGGUUUCAUUUUGAGGGUGUAAAUCACCCAGCUGACAUGUGUGUGUACAGUAGGAAGUACAGACGCUCUGUUUUUCGAGGACCUUUUACCGAGACAAUAGACGUGAUGCUAAAGGAAGGCAGCCUGGCUGUCGUCCGCACGGAAAUGGACAAACCUUGCGGGAAGCAGGGGGGCCUCUGCGGUUAUCUCCAAGUGGAUGUCAACAAAAAUAACUCAGGAUCAUUUGGAGUUUUUCUCCCACUCAGCCCCUUUUAACAAAACCAAAGUAAACAAUUCACAGUCAGAAAUAGUCUUUGACCUCUCCUCAGGCCGCAACACACCACACUCAAAUGUGUUUAUGCUGGCGUCAGUCUCAGCGCAGUUUCUGCUGUGGCCACACAAAAACAACUCGUCUCUGAUCGACAGAUUUUGGAAGGGGGAGAGUUUAGCUGGCUGCAACCUUCUUCAUCUGCUACUUAGACAAUAGUCGUUUGAUCUAGAAGGAGAUUAAGAUAUGUAGUCGGAAAAUUCAUAUCCAGUUAGACAUGUAUCAGGAUGGAUUUAAUGAUUAUUUAAUAGUCAGCAAAGCGCCAAGAACUCAGGAAGAGGAUGCUUGUGCAUCCGACCUCAGGAUGCGAGGCCAGGAAAAAAGCAAAUGAUAAGCUAUCAAGGACAAGAAAUAGCAGAAAACACUAAAGGGAUAGUCCGUAUUUUUAAAGUGGGGGUUAUAUGAGGGACUGUGUCAAAAGUGAGUGUAAUACCCACAGGGAUCCAAGUUAGUUCGGACCCCUUAUUGAGGAAAAGACAUGAUCAACCACUGAAGACGUGAUCAACUCUAGCACAUGAUUUAGAUAAUUUUAAGACAGUCAAACACAGACAUAAACAAAGUUUUAAGUAGGGUGACCAUAUUCUGAAUCUAUUCUGAAUUCUAACUCAGUAAGUCCACGCGACACAAACUCGAAACUUCCGCACAAAACCCAGACAUUUGAAGGAUUUGAAGAACAAAGCCGGACAGCCCCUCAAAAAAGAGGACAUGUUCAGGCAAAAGAGGACGUAUGGUCACCCUAGUUUUAUGUUUUUUGCCUAUUUAGAAAUGUAUGAGCUCUUAACUCUGCUGUCAGAAAAUGGUUCACUGAUUGGCUGGUCUAUACAUCAUACAUGACUCAACUUGAGUUGGAAGAGCUAACCCUACCUGUCGUGAUCGAUCAGCUAGCUUCUAUUCCAGUUAGCUGGUUUCUCAACGAAGAGGCUGACUUGGAUCCCAUGUAAGCUACACACUUAAAAACUAAAAAAAGCCUUUUCCUUUAAAAAUUAACAUCCUUAAAGAUCCAAUCUAAAACAUAGACACGUGUUAAGUUUAUUCAGUCAUGGCCAUUACACUUUAAAAGCCCAUUAUUGUAUGUUUUGCACAUUCAACACCUAAAGCAUGACAACCAUCUGUGGCCAAAUAAUGAAAGACAGAAGAAAGCUUGAACUAAAACACGCAGUCCUUAAACAUGUGCUUUAUAUUUUUUUUGUAAAACUGCAAUUUGAUGAAGGUUUGCCACAUUAUAACACCAUAUGGUGUCCUUGUUCUUUAGCUGCUCUCACUUCUGUGGUUGAGGAUUUGGUGUGAAUGCUGCAUUGGCAGCUCAGAGUGUGAGAAGUGUCAGGCUUUGUUUGUUUAUUUGAUUCCUGCCAAAGUGCAUGGCUGUCUAUGUCCGACUCCACAUGAUGAAAUCAUUAAAUGUCACUUGGGGUUUGGUUAUGUUCUGCCAAACUGCUCAUUGACGUACGCUGCCAUUUUAAAUGUCAAUAUUUGAUUCUGCCACAGGCCAUAAUUUGAAGACUGUUGUCAAUAUCUUAUUGGGUAUGUAACUUUGUUUGGAUUAAAACAUGAUGGACCAAAAUGACUCAUUUGGUAUAAUGGAGGUUUUCUUUUUCAAGGCUGUAAGGAAGGGCAACAUCUGUAAAAGAAAAGCAAAAUGGGUCACUUGGAGAAAAUGACUUAAAGUUGAGUCAUGGGAUAAUACCUUAGCCGGGGAAGAGGAGGUCUGUUAAUAAUUUCCUUCUUGAGGUAAAACAAAACACAACAAAACAACAGGGUAGGAUAAUGAGUGUUUACAUAAGCUUUAAACAGGUCUCCAGUCAUCAUUAACCCACUCAGGUUUGCUGCAUUCCAGUGUGAAAGCAGACCUGUUACUGUUACUGUAGGUGUCCAAUCAUGAGCUUUGACCUUGGCCUGGAGAGCGACUGAAGUCAUACGAGCCCCUCGCUUUAUUACCCUUGAGACACAAGCUAAAUAUCUCAUUGAAAGCCUCUGCUUGGAUAAUGAUGAAUAGAUUCCAUUAGCAGGGAGGGAUUAAACUCAGCAGGAGGGAGGAGAUGAACUUGCUCAUAAUUGAAAAGAAAGGAAGGAAGCUCGGCAGGAAGACAGCACGCAGGUCCAUCCCCGCGGCGAGCUGCAGAAACAAAAGGCCCAUCGUCUCGCUCCCGUGGGGACCGAGGGGGUGGCCUGGAAAGCAUGUUGCUAUAGUGACUGCUCGGUCACUUGCCCCCCCUGAGCGCUGUCUCAGUCAGGCGCUCUGUAGUGUACAUAGGAUCUGCCAAGAGUCAGCAAGAUCAAAAUCUGCCCUGGAAAGCGUGGAAGCUCUGCUAAACCAACUGCAGCUGGCAGGGGAGCUUUUUCCUAAACACGGCCACAAGUUAGAGAACUUGACAGCACAGCAUUUUUCACAGCCUCAGUACCCCCGUCUGGCAUUGAGGGACUGACCCCCCAGCAAAUUACAGCCCCCAUUCUGUGUAAGUUUAAGUGAUAUUCAGGGGAUUGAUGUAGGGUUUUAAGAGUGAUUUUGGUGGUUUUACAGCAAGAGACACAUCAGAUUUGGUUGUAUUAUGUGUCACAAAAAGGUUUUUUUGUUUGUUUCCACCAGUUUUGUAAACUAAAGUUAAAACCUGCUCAUUUUUGCAAAAGAAUAUACAACAGAAACCCAUUAGUUAUGUGUAAAAACAGCUUUUGAGCUGUGAAAUACGGUGCUACAGUCUGCUUCCUCCUAUCAAAGUAGUGUGAAGAACUUCUGUAGGACUGAUGAAGCUGAUACACCCGGAGCCUUUUCCAUUCUGCAGUCCUACAACAGCACUAUAAUGAAGUUUUGCCUUAAAUCCCAAAGCUUGCAAGCAAGUUAGCCUACCUCGAACAGCAGGAUCUCUAUGUGUUUGUUCCAUGAUGAACAAAAGAGUUGGGAAGUCCAGCUAACUUUGGCUAACUCUUAAAGAAGUGGUUGUGGUGACAAAUGACCAGACAGUCCAAACUUAGAACAGCCAGUUCUGAAAUCUAACCACUUUCUUUUUGGAUUCACAACUCAGUAACUUAUGAGUAAAGUCAGAGGGUUAAAAUCAAAGAUGAGACUGAGUUACAGCCAAUAGCGUUGGUCCCACCGCCACUUAGCUUUCCAAGUUAUGUUGGGAAAGUGUUUUUAGGCACAACCAGAAAUCCAAAACAAAGAAAAGUCUUCUUCAUAGUUUAAAAAAGUGUAUUGAAUCUUUGCUCUAUCGGUCCCUUGAUUUAACUUUGAUAUAACCUGGUUAUUCCACUUCUCCCAGUCUCUCUGCACAAAGUUGAACCACUGAAAACUGAAGCCCCUGUAUGUCGUUUCAAGCCAGACCGUGUAUCCUGCAAUGGCCUAUCAUUGUUUGCAUUGCAGACGCCUCACUGAGUUUGGAUCUAAUGUAGCUUGACAUCUGUGUGUGCGUGUGUCUGUGUGUGUUUGCUCUUUGCUGUUUAGCCUGUAGACCAAAGAUCACAGCGACAGAGACAGAGAGAGAGGGGAGCCUGAUCAUUUUGCAUCUGAUCACCAACUUCUGAUAGCACCAUGAGCUGGGACUGAGGACAAGCUUCUGAGUUUCAUUUUGUGGUGAGUCUGGCUCUUUCUGUCUACUUCUUUUACUAUGUUUAAAGCUGAUUUACAUAUGGUUCACAUGUGUGGUUUUAUGCUCAAAUUUCAGUGGAAGCUGCAUCAACAAAUGAGCAAAUAACCGCUGAAGUAUUCCAACCAUGAUAACCGCCGAGGUUAUCAGUUGGUAUGAUUUGAGGUCAAUUCAAACCUAAACAUGCGGUUCGUUCACAUUGAAGACAUCCAUGUGAUCCGUGCGUGGGCAGAGGGACAUAUGGUUCGACUUAAAUAGCUGUGCACACAGGUUAGCGUGGGACAGCCUCAGAGUUUGUCAUCAGUUCUCAUGAACAGAGUGUUUUUUUCCACAGCUAGCCACAUCACACAGCACACGUAACCGGGGGAACGUUUCUUACAUAAGUCGGAGGGGAUCAAAAAAGCCCCGCCUUUUAUUUGACCUGGUCUCUCCUCUGUUGCCAUCAACACUCGUGUGCAUAACAACAUGAUGUCACCGAGCCAGGGAGGUGGAAAUUGUUCACAAACUGGCAAAGUGGGAGAGAAAAGCCAGAGUCAGCAGGAAAGGGCAGCAGGGUGGAGAAGCAGGGGGGAGGAAAUACAGCGAGAGAGCCAGCGGCAUAACACAAACCUGCUUCAGUAUUCCAUACAGGCAAAUUCAAUAGAAGUUUUCUGCAGAUGAGAAACAGGCAGUGAGGAGGUAGCAUGAGGGUAAACCAGAAGACUGGACAUGGAUAACGUUUAAAUGAGAAACAGGCCGCUAAAGACACUGAACAUGAACUUUUGACAGAUUUUACUUCAAGAAAGACUUCCUUCUGGUGUCAUGGCUGUAUGCACACACAGUUGAAAACACAAUAGAGCUCCUCAGACUGACAGGAAACACAAAGGACUGCCAUCUUAAAUGUCAGUGACACAAUAUCCUGAUAAAAAAAAUAAGUCAACAACCUGUUUUUCUCCACUCUGCGCUUCUAUAAUUGAUCUGGGAGUCUCAUCAGGCAGGAAGGAGUCCUUUGUGGCUGCUUGGAAAAUUGACUCUUGACCUCUUUUAUUGAGGGGCUGUCACGGUUCAGACAGACGGCAGCGGCAGAGCGCCAUGUGCCAAAUGCGUUAUGAUGAUCCCAGUUGAAACCGGUGCUUAAGGGGGACACAGAGGAGGCUUUGUUUGACACUCGGAGGCUUCAUCCCGCCCACCCAAACGCAUAUGAAGAAGUACUGCGGUCAGUGGGUUUGACAUCCAGGCAGCGCACAGAGAGCUACUCUACAGAAGUGAGACUUUGGACAGAUGUAAAAAGAAAACUUCACACCAGACAUGAGAGUAUUAAUCCUCAGCAUUUCCUGGACUUUCCACUAUAAACAGAAAGAGAUAGUGACGCUGUUUAAAGGAGUGAACGAGGAGUGACAGACUUUCAUGUACUAGAUGAAACUUCUUGAAGGUUUUGUUGUUGUUUCUGUCUAAUUAUGGUGAACGGUUACAUUAUACAGAAAAUCAAAUUCAACCUAAUGUGCCAUUUGUUUCCUAUUUUUUCAGGUGUGAAGAAAAAUUCAAGUUCAUCAUGGAUGUGAAGAAAAAAGAAAUGGACCUGCUCAGCAACAGCAUAGCGGCGUAUGCGCACAUCAAAGGUGAGUCACGAUCCCACCCAGCUCGAACUUUAAGUAGGAUGGAAAAAGCGCCAAAUUUUUUAACUUAUCAAGUUGUUAUUUUUUCCUUACUUCCAGCAAACCCAGAGAGUUUCGGCCUUUAUUUCGUCCUCGGGGUGUGUUUCGGUUUGGUGCUGACCCUCUGCCUCCUGGUCAUCCGCAUCUCCUGCAAGCCGCGGACCAACAUCCCAGCUUCUUCCACGCCUGAGAAAAAACAACUCAAAGACAUCAGUGAAGAGGACGAGGAGAGUGAGGAUGACGAGGAUGACGUAGGGGAAGAUGUUGAGGCAGCUUUACCUUUGCCCAGCACAGAAAUCCCUGUUGGUAACCACACCAGCCAAAUAGACGGGACUUUGAAUGUUUUCACCUCAGCGGAGGAGCUGGAGAGAGCGCAGCGGCUGGAGGAGAGAGAACGAAUCAUACGUGAGAUCUGGAGGAAUGGUCAGCCUGAUAUUUUGGGAACAGGGACCGGGACUAUUGGAAGAGUGCAUUACUACUAAGACGACACACAAGGCUUUAAGGGAAACACUGUGAGCUCUUUGGAGGACAGAUAGACCUUUGGGUGGGCCUUAUGACCCAGAUGCCUGUGAGACUUGAGAUUCUGUGCUAAAUACAUCCGACAUCAUGCAAAAUGGACAGCAGUGAUGACACAAUGAUUUGCCAAAACUUGGCUAUGAAAGUGCCAAGCUAUCUGAUAUUGCACUUCCUAUGUAGCAAUGUUAUUUUUACUGACUACAUGAAUUUUAACCGAGAGAUGUCUUAAAAGGUAUUAAUCUAAAUGAAGAAGAUGCAGUAUGAAUGUGGGAGCGCUUAUUGACAGAAAUGCACACAGUGUAUCUUUUAAUGUAUGUAACUGAAAAAAGACAGCAUGUGUUGGGAUGAUAUUUUUACAUGUACUGUAUGUUGCGAGCGAGAUUAUUUGUUCCCAGUGAGGAAAACUCUCCUCAAGUCUUGUCAGUGUGUUGGCAAACGCAUAAAAAAAACACCCUCAGGUUUGCUGUAAGAGGAAAUGAAAUUGCUUUAGCUUGAACAUAUCAAUUUGGGGGGUCAGAUUACAUGUAGCCUACAGUACAAUACAAAGACAAUUAAAAUCGGAGUCAAUAAUUCAUCAGUCUGUUCAAUCUUUGUCUGUGUUUGCAGGGAUAAUCCCACCAAAGGAAAUUACAGAAUUAAAGUAUUACAUUGAAAUAAUUUACUGUUGUUUCUCCUCAUGAUGCUCAUAUGUUGGACAAAUGCAGGCUUAAAUCAGAGCUCAUUUUCUUUGUACCUUUAGGCCAUGGUCCUUGGAUUUAUAACCAAGAUACAAGAGAGGGAGAGCCAGGAUAAUAACAUUAGUAGAAAGGUUAUUCUUUAUCAUUUGUUAUUUCAAUGCUUCCCCUAAAGCUCUGAAAAAGGUUACAAAUACAAGUAUCAAUAAAAGCCUGGAACUUUAAGCAAUUUGACUGCAAAUUUUUAAGGCUUUGGCAAAGUCAGAUAUGAGAUCUGUAGAGGACGCUGUACCGAUAGUAAAGGGGAAUGAAAAAUUCCUGGAAAGAAGUUUGAAGGAACGAAUAAAUCUUUGAAGAGGGGGUAUCAUGCA